CCCGCAGCCGGCCUUCCCCGCAGGGAGCCCUCGUCCCCUCCAGGUGCCCAGGCCGCGGCGCCUCUGCGCUCCGUCCUCCCGGCCGCGAGGUGCCCCCAGACCCCGCUCCUCCGCCGGAGCCUCCGUCCCUCUUGCCGCGGCUUCUGCUUCCGGGACCGGCGGGACGCAGCGUAGCCCCGCGGGUCCCCGUCGCCGGCCAGAGGAUGGCAUUAGCCCUGUGUCUGCAGGUGCUGGGCAGCCUGGGAGGCUGGCUCUCCCUCUACAUUUCUUGCUGCCACAUGAAUAAGCACCGAAGCUACGAAUGGAGCUGCCGGCUGGUCACACUCACCCAUGGAGUCCUUGCGAUAGGUCUCUCAGCGUACAUUGGCUUCAUUGAUGGCCCCUGGCCUUUCACCUACCCAGGCUCACCCAAUACACCUCUGCAAGUGCGCGUCCUGUGCCUCACCCUGGGGUACUUCCUCUUCGACUUGGGCUGGUGCAUCUACUUCCAGUCUGAGGGUGCCCUGAUGCUGGCACACCACACUCUGAGCAUCCUGGGCAUCACCAUGGCCCUGGUGCUGGGAGAGUCGGGGACAGAGGUCAAUGCAGUCCUCUUUGGAAGUGAGAUUACCAACCCCUUGCUGCAGCUGCGCUGGUUUCUCCGAGAAACAGGGCACUACCACAGCUUCGCGGGCGAUGUGGCGGACGUCCUCUUUGUGGCCCUGUUCACCGGGGUGCGGAUCGGCUUAGGAGCUCGCCUCCUUUUCUGUGAAAUGGUCUCACCCAAGCCCAGGUGGUUUAUGAAGGCGGGGGGCAUAGCCAUGUAUGCUGUGUCCUGGUGUUUCAUGUUAAGCAUCUGGCGCUUUGCCUGGAGGAAAAGCAUCAAGAAGUACCAUGCCUGGAGAGGCAGGCGGGGCGAGGAGCCGCAGCGGGCACCUCCUGGGUAUCUCCAGGCGCACUAGCCGACGCCUACCGUGGCUGAUGGGUGGGGUGUUGGCCUUGGGGCCCAGGCUGGACAUAGGGCUGUUAUGGAGCCAUGCUUGUCUAACAGAUGUAGGUUUCAGAAAAAGGGCUCCCCUAAUCAGUCCGUGUCCAAGUGGAGCACACACCAGUAUUAAGACCCUGACUCCGGCCGCGGUGCCGUCGUAGGCAGGCAGGCCAGUCAGUGGUCGGGUAGGUCAGAGCCGCAUUCCUUUCGGUUGUGCUGACUGUGGUCCUGCAGCUCCUGGGCAGUGGAGGUUCUUAUCGCUCAGAGGAACCGGAGAAGAUUGGCGCUACUUCGUCCUUAUUCCUUUGAGGGGUGACUUUUUCAACAAACACUACCGUUUUCCGUGUAGCAAUUUAAAUGAAUCCCACCAUUUACUACAAAGUGAGUGCCUGUUAGGGAGACUCACGCCUU